AUGUCGAUAGAGAUAGAGAUAGAUAUGCCAAAUCAAAACGUAGAGAUAGGAAAUAGGACUAGGAUGAAUGGUACUCACGUAGGGGAAAUAGAAGAACACCAAACCGAAGAACUUGAUCUCAAUGUGGCUGUAGCCAAGGUGAAGAUCGACGUACUUAGUCGAAUAUGGAGAAGAAACCAGAGUCUUCUUUAUAAAUCCAAGUUGGGGUGUUUUAGUCAAAGCAUUCUCCAUGUGGUUGCAAGUCAUGAUAAUGUCGCUGAUGUGCUUGGAAUUCUAGACCAUGAUUCGGAGCUGGCCGAAGUGUUGGAUUCUAGGUCAUGGUCACCCUUUCAUGUGGCUGCGGUUAAGGGCCAUAUGAAUGUAUUGGAAAAAUUGCUUCCCCAUAGCCUCUGUGUGGCUCGAGUCAAUACCGACCACGGCGACACCAUUCUUCACCUUUGUGUCAAGCACGAUAGUCUAAAUGCUCUCAAAUUCAUUAUCAAAAACAUCAAAGAUAGCGAGUUUGCGAAUCGAAAGGAUGCAGAAGGAAACACAAUACUCCAUGUUGCAGUCAUGCUUGGCUAUACAGAGUGUGUAAGGCAUUUACUUAACAAGAAGAUCGUUGAUCUCUCCUCGAGAAAUGCAAAUGGCAACACGGCCUUAGACAUUGCACACAACAACAACAAGAGAGUUGACGGAGGUGUGCCCGAAAUCGAAAAGCUUCUAAAGGAUGCGGGAGCCUUAAGGACCAAGCAUCUCAAACAGGGUCAAUGGUUGAUUGAGAAACGAGAUGCUCUUAUGGUUGUUGCUUCGCUAAUAGCAACAAUGGCUUUUCAAGCCGCUGUGAGUCCACCUGGUGGCGUUUGGCAAGAAAACUCGGAGACGCACCGAGCAGGGGAGGCCGUAAUGGCAUUCGACUAUCCAGACUCAUAUCCAUACUUUCUUCGUUCAAAUACGAUUGGAUUUGUGGGAUCCCUAAGCACAAUUUUAUUGCUAAUGACGGGCUUACCAUUUAGGAAAAAGAUCAUGAUGUGGAUCUUAGUGGUGAUCAUGUGGGGGACCAUUUCUGCUAUGGCAGUCACCUAUGCGAUCGCCAUAACCGUGGUGACCCCAAUCAAAUGUCGAGGACCUCUCGUCAAGACGAUUGUAGUUGGUGUGGCUAUGUGGGGAUGCGUCAUGACUUUGCUCCUCAUAGGGCAUAGUCUUGUCCUCUUAUGCAAGCGGUUCCAUCCUCAUCGUAAUUUUUUUAGAGACCUCUUUUGA